AUGUCGGAGAAUCCAAAAUCAUUUGAAGCAGGCGAGUCCGAUGGGUCAUGUCUUAUUACUGCCAAUCUUUAUCGCAAAGGAUCAAGUGACCAUGGCAAACACACUAUUCAAAUUGAAGUUACCAGAGAAGAAAGGGAAUUGUUCAAUUUGCUGAAAGAUUGUGUGGCUUAUAGUGGGCUAAAUAUUGAGUUGAGGGUUGCAGGCGGUUGGGUUAGAGACAAGUUACUCAAAGUUAGCAGCCACGAUAUAGACAUAGCCUUGGAACAUUUCACUGGAGUUGAAUUCUGUAAUUAUCUCAACGCAUUUACUGAAAAAAAUUACGGCUUCCAUAAAACGGUAGGUGUUGUGAAGAGGAGACCGGAACAAUCGAAGCACCUCGAAACUGCUACCUUGAGCAUUCUGGGACUAAACAUUGAUUUUGUGAAUCUUAGGAGUGAAGAUUAUGCAAGCGAUAGUAGGAUACCGGUAAUGAAGAUUGGCACACCAUUCGAGGACGCAAUGCGGAGAGAUUUCACUAUCAAUGCAUUGUUCUAUAACAUUUCGAAAAAUGCGAUUGAGGACUAUACAGGUAAAGGUAUUGAAGACCUCCACUCCGGUAUUAUACGAACCUGCUCCCCUGCGUUCGGCACAUUUAUUGAUGACCCUCUGAGAGUCAUCAGAGCAGCACGAUUUUCUGCACGAUUGGGAUACAAGUUAGACGAUGAAAUUAUAGCUGCAGGUUCACAUCCCGGUGUUCUCGAGCAAUUGAAGUCUAAGGUUGCGAGAGGCAGAAUCGCACAGGAGCUUGAAGACAUGCUAACCAAAGGGGACGUAACGAAUGCCUUCGAAUUGAUGAAAAUAUUUGGGGUUCUUCCGAUAUUAGUCAGAGAACAGGAGGGAGAUGCCCCUUCUGAUGGACAGAUUGACUCCGGGUGCCAAACGAUGGCUUCCGUACGAGAAUGUUUGAAAUGUAUCGAUUGGAGUCAAAUAAACGAAAAAUUCUUGUAUAUGGCCGCUUUCUGUGCGCCACUCAUUGUGGAACCAAAAAUUGACAAAUGUACCUAUAUUGAGCACGUCAUCAAAUCGCGUCUCAAACUUCCAAAUAAGGUGGCGUGCGGGGCUGCCAUUAUAGUGGAGGGGAGCCAAGAAUUUGCGGAAGUUGUGAACGAUCUGCCUGCACACGCCCUGGAUCUUCGAGAAUCGUUAGGAACUAUUGUACGUCACAUAGGUCCGCUAUGGAAGGAGGCGUUGUUGCUUUCCAUGGCAAUGGAAACUUUAGGCUCAAAAUCGUACGAGGUAACUCAAAAGUACAAAAAUAUUUUGGACACCGUUUUUCAAUUGGGAAUCCACGACGCGUAUGCAUUAAAGGCUCCUAUAACUGGAAAGGAGUUGAUGGACCUCCUGCCUGGGCUUUCGCCGGGGCCAAAGUUCAAGGAGGCACUAGAUUUCCAGAUCAAACAGCUAUUGAGAGUGCCAACUCUAACUAAAGAAGAACUUUUAGGGGCAAUUGCCAAUGUGUUUAAGAAUAAAUUGUGA